AUGCCUGAGAAUGGGGCCCCCAUAAGGCAACCAACCAACACUAGGUGUGCUGGUACCGAAACUGUGGCUCGAUAUCAUACCAGGUUUCCAGGGACCUUGGCAAUCUGUGUCGAUGAUACCACAACUGCAAGAUUUCCCAUCUUGUCUUGCUGUGGUUUCGAGGCGUUUCGUGGUGCCAUUCAUAGACUACUCGGAAAUAGUCACCCGCGAAUUUACGACGCAUCCUUUCACAGCAUAGUAUGGCAUGACGGCUCAUUUGGCGCCUCGUACACCAUCUUGCAGGUUGUGACAGGGGAAAAGACAUGCCUAGAAAACAGCUUUCUUCUAGAAGAGUGGCGCACGGCAAAGGUGUGUGUUGCAUUGCAAUUUAGCUGUUCUUGGCGUAUCAAACAAGCGCCAAUUAAUGAGGCCCAGCUGAAUUCUUGA